AAAAACUCAUCAAAAAAUGUCAAAUGUAUGGCUAAGUGUAUUAGAAGGUUACAUGUCGGGAAAAUAUCCCACACAAUUCUAACUGUAAUUAUAAAAGCGAGACAUCCUCCCUCCAUCCAGUGUCAGGGGGAUGUAAAUUGCUCGUGACCGUGAUGUGAGAAAUAUAAGUGACUCGUUAGUGCGUGUCAGAUCGCCUGAUGCACAUCUUUAUUGCGGGGCGAAAGGUGGAUCCUCGUCUUAAAGAGUCAACACCUCUCAUCACGAGUGUAGCGAGCAGCAGAGGGGCUUGAUCUCUAGACUGUACUUGACAGCACUCUUCCUCUACAUCUUAUUUGAUGCACUUGCGCCUCUGGAAACGACUUGAGAAAUGAAUGGCUACGGAUCGCCCUACCUCUACAUGGGGGGCCCGGUGUCCCAGCCAAGAGCGCCCCUCCAGAGGACCCCCAAGUGUGCCCGCUGCAGGAACCACGGGGUGCUCUCCUGGCUGAAGGGGCACAAGCGUUACUGCCGUUUUAAGGACUGCACCUGCGAGAAAUGUAUUCUGAUAAUCGAGCGACAGCGGGUCAUGGCGGCUCAGGUGGCGCUGAGGCGGCAGCAGGCGAACGAGAGUUUGGAGAGUUUGAUCCCGGAGUCUCUGAGAGCGCUGCCGGGCAUCACGGUGGGGAGCGCGGAGCGGAGCACGAACCCUCGGUCGAGCGACAUAGACCUGCGCUGGAGCUCAGAGACGGUGACCCCUAAACCACCACAAGUACAGAAUGCUCAUGAGCACUUUGCUUGUGUGUGUUUCCCAGACCUAAAUGAGGACCUGUCUGGUGAGCAGUCUGGUGGAGAGAACGGUGAUAGCGUCAGCGACAGAGAACCAGAACCAGCCAGCUCCCCUGAGGAGUCCAAACCUAACCUGUGUUGCACCCCUGACACCUCAGACCCAACUCCCCAGGUUGAGGAGCCUCGCUUUGGCCUGUCUAAAUCACGCACCGACCCAGAAACCAAAGCUGACAACCCUAAAUACUCCCCUGAGCCCAACAUCCUCAUCGAAGGCCUCUCAGGCUCUGUAUCUCUCCCUUUCAGCCUGAGGGCCAACCGACCUCCCCUGGAGGUCCUGAAGAAGAUCUUCCCAGCCCACAAACCAGCAGUCCUGGAGCUCAUCCUGAAAGGCUGCGGUGGGGACCUGGUCGGAGCCAUCGAGAUCCUGCUUUCCAGCCGUUCUACGAUGAAACCAGAAAAGGUAUUGUCUGAGAACUCAGAUGCUCUGGUUCUCCCUUCAAAUGGCCAUCUCUUUGAGCACCCGCUGAGUACGUACCCAUCUUCCAAGUGGUCGGUCGGUUCGGCCUUCCGUGUCCCCGAUUCCCUGCGUUUCUCCACAGAGCCUUCUGCUGGAGUUGUACAAGGCCCUCUUAGCAUGCCGCUCCAGCACGGCUUUCCCCAGCCACCUCGAUACCCCCUCAUGCUGAGAAAUUCAUUGAGCCGUGGCCAAGCCGGGCCCUUCAUGCACAACGAUGUGACUCUAUGGAAUACCAUGACAUUACAGCAGCAGUAUCAGCUGCGCUCACAGUACAUCCCUCCGUUCUCAGGCCCCUCAGCUGGAGUGAUCCGCAGCUCACCGCUCCUCACCAGCAGGCCCACCGAGGAGCAUCGAAUCAGCAUCCAGGAGGACAGCUGUCCUGUCAUAGCCAAACAGAGCAUGUUUGCUGCAGAUGAGGAGUAUGAUGAAAGAUCUGACUCCUCAGACUCCAGGAUCCUGAACACUUCCUCCUAACUCCUCAGCGGUUUCAAUAGGUGGAUGGAAAAAAGCACUGAAAUAUGUUUCAAAUGGGUUCUUAAAAUGAUUAAAAAAGAGACACUGCUCAUCUAGGAGCACCUUGAAAAACAUACAGUGCAUUACUUGAGGUAUUGUAUUUCUAACAGAUUUGAGGUUGUUGUGCCAACUUAAUCAUGUGUGGAAUAACAUUAGCUUUAAUUUUAGGGGGUGGGGGGUGGGGGGAAAUUAAGGUACUGUUAUUUGACCAAAAAAGUCUGAAUAACUUAAUAUAUUUGAGCACAGUGAUCACAAUUUCCACUUUGCAUGAAAUGAACCAUGGAUAACAGUUUAAUGUAGAAAUAUUCCAGCAGUCCUGCAUGUAAAGGUAUGGCAAAUAAACCUUCUAUGUACUGUUAUUGUCACUGUGUUUGCCUCAGUCAAAAACCUACAUGUAUUAGAUAUUAGCAAAACGAAACAAACUCUUUUCUUUAAAAUAAAACAAAGAAAGAAAGAAUGAU